UUGAAAGAAAACAUUUUAUUAGCACGGCUGAAGAAAUGUCCACUCUAAGGUCUCCUGAGGGACACCCCCAGAGUUCACUGGUCAUUUAUUUCUGGGAACUUAUAUGAUACAAGUAUUUUAUCUUUAUGGUACCACUCAUUACUGAACUGGUCUUACCUAUCGGCACUGGACUGGUGACACAGAAAGCAGCAGGUGCGGAGGCGGGGGACGUGUGAUUCGUUUGAUCGUCACACUAUUGGACCCCUCUCGUCUGCCCGGGGCAGCACAGCUGGACGCCUGCGGUCACGGCAUCCUCACUGCUUGGAAAAUGUUACUUAAAGUCAAGUUAUGUCACGACUUAAAGACCGAGUAAUCCGACCUACCAGUGAGAGUCCUGUGGUGGGAAAAAAGGUCACAAUUGACACUUCAGUUCAUCAUACACCUCCUCAUUCCCUCGCCACCAUUCUUCUCCACCAAUCACAUCCUUGUGUUAGCUUGAUGAAGAGGAGGAUUUGAAGAUGAAGAGGCCUAUUUAUCAGCUCAACACAUCCUACUCAGACAUUUGAGGUGGAGAUGCUUCGCUCUCAGGUGCAGGUUGUUCUUGUGGCCUUGUUUUCCUCGGUGCUGCUGGUGCAGGUCAGCGGUGCUCCAAGCAGAGACAUGCUGACACUGAGAGCAGACCUCGUAAAAAACAAGGAUCUUGCUCACUUGCUCUUGCUGAAGUUUGUGUCUGAACUGAUGGCAGCGAGAGGAGACGAGAUGCUCCCCGAGCUGGAGCAGGAGGGGGACAGGGAGGAGCUAGUGCGGCGACAUCUCCCCUUCUCCCAAAGAGAGCGCAAGGCAGGCUGCCGCAACUUUUUCUGGAAGACGUUUACCUCGUGUUAACAUAAGAAAAGAGCUGUUCAAGCUGGAGUACUUUUUGUUUUGUAAAUGUACUUUUAAAAGAUAAAUUAAUCUU